AUGAAAAAGCAAAGUAAAAUUGAUGCAAUUUUUAAGAGAAAAGCUACUAAUAAUGUUGGAGUUCAAACAAGUCAACCCUCAAAUCUUAUUUCACAAGAAGUUCAAGUAAGUGAGCUCUCUAAUCUUACUCAAAAUACACAUCAACAUGAAACCAAAGUACCAAGAUUAGAAAGAGAUGUUGAUAUCUCUUUACUAGAAAGGGAUCCAGGAAAGCGACGUCCAAUUUGGCAGUAUAAUGUCAAUGAACGUGAUAAGAUUCGUAGAGCAUACAUAAUAGCUGUGCCAUAUCAACCAACAAAUAUUAACUAUCCAGCUUCUGAAAAAGAUGCUGCUUAUUGUUUGCCUUGCUACUUGUUUGGUAAACAUUAUGGUGCUCGCAAUGAUGGAAAAAAUGCAUUUUCAGAGUUAGGAUUUAGUAAUUGGAAGAAAGUAAACAAUGGGGUAAAUUGUGCAUUUGUAUGUCACGAGGGUUCUAUUCCUGAUUCUCCCCAUAAUUUAUGUGUGAAAUCUUGUGAUGAUUUAAUGGCUCAAUCUAAGCAUAUAGACAAAGUUCUUGAUAGGCAUAGUGAUGAAACUAUUGCAAAUAACCGUUUAAGGUUGAAGACAUCUAUUAAUGCUAUUCGAUGGCUUGCAUUUCAAGCAUGUGCAUUUAGAGGCGAUGAUGAAAGUCCUGGAUCUUUGAAUAGGGGAAAUUUUAUUGAGUUAAUUAAACUUUUAGCUUCCUGUAAUCAGAAUGUUAAUAAUGUUGUCCUUGAAAAUGCUCUUGGGAAUGCUCAAUAUAUAUCUCCCGGUGUUCAGAAAGAUAUAUUGCAUAUCUUUGCUAGAAAAGUGCGUGCAACAAUUCGAGAAGAAAUUGGUGAUUCUAAAUUUUGUAUAAUAAUUGAUGAAGCAAGAGAUGAGUCAAAGCGAGAACAAAUGUCUGUGGUUUUGAGAUUUGUAGACAAGCACGGUUGUGUUCAAGAAAGAUUUUUUGAUCUUAUACAUGUUUCUGAUACAUGUUCUUUGACAUUGAAAACAGAAAUUUCAUCAGUUCUUUCUCGUCAUAAUCUUGAUGUCCAAAAUCUUAGGGGACAAGGGUAUGAUGGAGCUAGUAAUAUGCGUGGUGAAUGGAAUGGAUUGCAAGCUCUAUUUCUGAAAGAUUGUCCUUUUGCUUAUUACAUUCAUUGUCUUGCUCAUCGAUUACAAUUAGCACUUGUUUCUGCAGCCAAAGAAGUUUGUUAUGUUCAUCAAUUCUUUUCAAAACUUACUCUAAUUGUAAAUGUUGUGACUAUUUCUCCUAAACGUCAUGAUCAGUUAAGGGUUGCUCAAGCAAAUAAUGUUGAAAACUUAAUUGCCAAUGAUCAAAUUGUGACAGGUAGUGGACUUAAUCAAAUUGGUACUUUGCAAAGAGCUGGAGAUACUAGAUGGGGGUCUCAUUUGAAUUCUUUAGUCAUGAUCUUUGUCAAGCUUUGCAACGAAAAAAUCAAGACUUUAAUCCAAAGAAUGAGAGAAUCAAGUUGGGAGGCUUUCAUAAAAGAAGUUAUACUAUUUUGUGAGAAACAUGAAGUUGAAGUUCCUGAUAUGAAUGCAUUGCAUAUUCCUAGAAGAGGCCGAACUUGCAAAAUUGUUGAUCAAAUUUCAGUGGAGCAUCAUUACCGUGUUAAUUUAUUUCUAGCUGUAAUUGAUACACAGUUGCAAGAGCUUAAUGGAAGAUUCAACAAUAAUAUGGUGGAAUUGCUUACUUUAAGUUCAACUUUAGAUCUCAGAGAUAAUUAUAAGUUCUUCAGUGUCAACAAAGUAUGUGAAUUAGUAGAACGGUUUUAUCCAGGUGACUUCAGUGACCAAGAGAAAUUUCACAUUAGAAUGCAAGCUCAACAUUAUGAACUUGAUGUUUCUAAUCAUGCUGAAUUAACUAACUUGUGCACAAUUUCGGAGUUAUGUCAAGGAUUAACGAAGACAGAAAAGUCUUUAACAUAUCCUUUGAUUCGCUUGGUAUUAACUCUCCCUGUUUCAACUGCUACAACUGAGAGAUCUUUUUCAGCUAUGAAUAUUGUGAAGAAUAGACUCAGAAACAAAAUGGAAGAUGAAUUGCUUGCUAAUUGUCUUUUGAUUUACAUUGAGAAGAAGAUUGUUGAAAAAUUUGACACAGAUUCUAUUAUCGAUGAAUUUUAUGAUAUGAAGAAUCGACGUGUACCACUUCGUUAG